AUUUUCUGUUGGAACGACUUUCCCCAAACAGCUUCUUCAUUUGAUGAAAUCUAUGCUAUUCAACAAGUGGACUGAGUAGUUUGAGCUCAAACUGACUUGUGUGUCCACAACCUGUUUUGGCCAUGAGCUACUUCGGGUACCGCCGAGAGCUGAGUAAGUAUGAAGAUGUCGACGAGGACGAGCUUUUGGCUUCCCUCAGCCCUGAAGAGCUGGCUGAGUUGGAAAAAGAGCUGGUGGACAUUGACCCUGACGCCAAUGUUCCCAUUGGACUCAGACAGAGAGACCAGACAGACAAGACCCCGACGGGCACCUUCAGCAGAGAGGCCCUUUCAAAGUAUUGGGAAAAUGAGACACGCAGACUGCUGGAGGACGAGAUAGGUGGAGGACACCUGAGACCGGAUGAAGAACAAGAGGAGGAGUGUGUGACUGAAGAAAGCAGUGGAGAAGAUGAUGAAAAAGAUGUUGAGAAUGAAAAAGAACAGAAAAAGUAUGAAGAACAAAAGGAGAAGGAGGAUGAAGAGGAGGAGGACGUAGAGGAAGAGGAGGAGGAGGAGGAGGAGGAAGAGGAGAGUCAGGAAGAGGAGGAAGCUGUAACAGAGGAGGAUGACGACGAAGAGGAGGAGGAGGAGGAGGAGGAGGAGGAGGAGGUGGAACAGGAUAAUAAAUUAAAACCUGAACCCUUUAGGGAUUCUGAGUCGCUGACACCACGGGCCAACACCCCAAUGCUACUGAAGCCACUGAGGGUGGAGCCUUUGAGACUGACCCCGCCUCCUCCACCCGAUGAUCCCAAUGCAGGCGGAAACCCAACAGUUGUUGAUGAAGCUCUUCAACGAGCUUUGAGCGACGACCCUCAACUCACAGAAGUCAACCUCAACAACAUUGAUGAUAUCUCACAGGAAACCCUGAUUCGAUUUGCUGAAGCCCUGAGAUCCAACUCCCACGUUAAGGUCUUCAGCCUUGCAAACACCAAAGCAGAUGACCCUGUGGCUCUGGCCAUAGCCAAGAUGCUGAGGGAGAACUCAUCCAUCAUCAGUCUGAAUAUAGAGUCCAACUAUGUGACUGGAAAGGGUGUGAUGGCGAUGGUUCAAGCACUGCCAGCAAACAACACCCUGACUGAGCUUCGAUUCCACAACCAGAGACACAUGUGUGGAGGACAGGUAGAGAUGGAGAUGGUGAAGAUCCUGAGGGAAAACCACACCUUGAUCAAGCUGGGAUACCAGUUCAACUUGCCUGGUCCCAGGAUGAGCAUGACAGGAAUCCUCACCAGGAACCAGGACCGCCAGAGACAGAAACGGCUGCAGGAGCAGAGGCAGCAGCAGCAGCAGGGUCAACAAGGAGCACAAGAAGGAGCUGUUAACCCAAGAACCAACGCACUGAGAGGAACUCCUCGUUCAUCACCUUACACCUCGCCCAGAGUCUCUCCAUGGUCCUCACCCAAACUCCCCCGGAUAGAACUGCCUAAAAAACAGACUCCUCCUGCUCCACCUCCUCCCCCUCCCCCUCCACCACCACCACCACCUCCUCCUCCUCCACCUCCCCCUCCACGGGAGAAGAAGAACCCGACAAGGAUGAUAGCAGAGGUCAUCAAGGCUCAUGAGGCGAGUAGCCAAAAGGUGAAGAAGACAAAAGGUAAGAAGGGCAAGAAGGGGAAGAUGAAAGGCCCUGAGAAAGACGAGACAUGUGGCAUCCUGAAGGAGCUGAAGAACGCACUGAGGCCUGUGUCGGUGGACAGAAGGGGGGAUGAGGGCAGCAGGCCUUCCACACCAAUGAGGUCUGCCCAUGACCAGCUGAUGGAGUCAAUUCGCACCAGCAGCGUCCGCAGCCUGAAACGAGUGGAAAUCCCUCAUCAUCUACGAUAAUGCAAGCGCAGAAUAACAGGUGUAUUUGUUGCCAUUAAAACUGAGAGGAGUCGACGUGACAAUGAUGAAGAUGGAGUGAUUGUCAGUGAUGAAAUCACAAGGUGAAACUGAUUGAUAAUGGAUGAUGGAUAAUGGAAAACAAGUUGGGAGUGAUGAAGAAGCAAGAACUGAAUUCUUACCCAUGAAAAAGAAAACAUAAUGGAAAUUUGCACUGCCAUAAUAGCUUUACAUAUUCUGAUUUUUUAAGUAUUUAUGCCUCAUUAAAGAUGGUGUUUCUUCUUUAAUUUUAAAUGAGCAGACAGAACUGUUUACUGAUACGUUUUCUAACUCAGCGUUUUCUUGUAAAAUUGUAAAUAUGAUCUGUUGUUGGUUGAAUUAC